AUGUACCAUGUAGCGGAGAUGGUCCGUGACGCCCGGCGUGACAUGGCGGAGCGUCAUGACGGCGCGUCGCCCGGUUUCGUGUGGAGUACGCUGUCGGCCUUCACGCCCUUCCCGUUCCUGCUGGCCCUGUGCGGCCAGAUCUCCAGCAGCCUCGUACGCCGUGCCCCCGAUCUGGUGAAACGUGCAGCCGGCGCAACGCGUGACUGUGUCGUGGAUACUGCAACGCAGACGCACGACCGGAUCGUGGAGCUACGCUUGACAUGCACCCGCACAGGCCAACGACUGUUCUACCGCAUCAAGGUGAAGGUGGAGACCACGCGACUCCCGGGCCCACUCACCCCACUUCAGAGUCAAGUGGCCGUGCCCUUCCUGCGUGGCGUCGAGGGGUUCGCGCAGUUCGUGACCAGUGAAGAGCUGCCGGAGCUCUACUUUGUGGCCAAGAAUUCCAUGCGACGCAGCUUCUUCUUGAGGCAUGUGGUGCUGCCGCCAUUGGGAGCGGCUGAGAGUGUAGUGAGAUACGUUGUCAUCUUUCCCAGUCAUAUCGUGUUCCCGUCCAGAGCCGAGAUCGAAGACAGGACGGACUUGUUCUUGGAAGGAAGCACAACGCGUGUACAGGCGCUGGUGGAGCAUUUGUACUCGGCCACAGAAGUACUGGAUCAACACUUGAGUAUGGUGCAAUGGAACAUUCUAGGACGAGGACCUUACGAGUCGCUGAGUGCUUCAAGACGCAGUGAAGUGAUCAGAUCUGUGCAUCAGAGGAUGCGCAUCAUCGCGUCGCACUACAAACUGUUCGAGUUCUUGGCUACUAUCAAACUACAAAACGAAAUGUUGUACUCUGACCUACAGCGCGAGUUCCCGGACGCAGGCGGUGUCCCUCUAACCCCGAAACAGGUUGCAGCUAACGAAGCCCUGACGGCUGAACUGGCGGAACAGGAUGCAAACGCAUUCCCUAUUUGGUUUUACAAGAAGGUUGACAUUACGAGUGGAAAUGGGCAAGUAUUGCCCAGUGGAUUGAAUGGACGUACCAAGUCAGCGUCGGAUACUACCAGUACAGCUACCCAGUCUACCAAUUCAAGUGUCAAUGCCAGCACUACAGGCGUAUCGGGGUCAGGCGGUUGGAUUGAGUUUCCAGCUCACGAGGGUCGUCGACUUGAACGCAAAUAUCGAUGGUAUCAGCAACAGAAGAGCAAGAUUCCAGGCCCCACGGGGCCUUCCAGCGUCGUUUUAGUGGACGAAGGUCGGCAUGAAGUAGACUUGGAGAGCAUGCGUAUGACGCCGGUGUACUGGCCAGCGCUAGAGGAAAUUAUCGUGUGUCGUUCUCGUUGGGUCUACGCUCAACGCAACUACGGUCUAGCUCCAUACAACACAGAGGCAGCGACAGUUCUGGAAAAUGCUUUCGUAUAUUACUUGGGGCUGUACGCGCUCGAGAAGCAGCGACUGAUGGAUAUCGAGGCACAGAAGCCACGUGGUUUCUUCAGCUCCCGUGCCAGUCUCACUGAGGCGGUUCUGGCAGCUCGGGUUGAGAAGGACUGCACUCUUAGCAUCCCAGUGGAAGGCCACUUGGUGGAGUUCAAAGGCCCGCAGGACAUCAUGCAGUACAAGCGCUUGUUGGCUGGAACGACGCCAUUUACGAGUAAACGUCGUGUGUAUCGUGGAGAUCCGCGUGUUCGUGCUGAUCCCAGUACCUUGCAGCUCUGGAAAGAUGCCAUGGAAUGUGAUCCAGCUACAGGUAAUGCGCUGAAGGUAACUGAGGAUGACAAGGACAUUGAAGAGGAGAUCGAGCAUCUUGUACUGAUCGUACAUGGAAUCGGUGACGCGCUGAAGACGCUUGAUCUGAUCAAUGUGGUGACGCUGCGCUCUAUCAUCGAUUGCUCGACAACACUACGGGAGUUGAACCGUGAAGCUCUACGCUCGGCGCACUUCGCUCACUUGAAUGGAGAAGACGCGGAAGAUGCCACUGAAGACGACGAGAAGAAGGCUACACGCCAACCGCGUGUGGAGUUCUUGCCUAUUGAGUGGCACUCGAAGCUGCACAUGGAGGGUCUGGAUCAACUCAUUCGAGACGUGACAUUGCCGGCCAUCCCUAAGCUUCGUGAGCUGGCCAACGACACAGUUCUGGACGUGCUCUUCUUCAUGUCGCCUUUGUUCCACCAGGUCAUUUUGGACGAAGUGGCCAAGGAAAUGAACCGCGUGUUCACACUCUUCCAGUCGCGUCAUCCAGACUGGAUGGAAUUGAGUCGUCCAGGUGGAGGGAAGCGCAAGAAAGUGUCAAUUGUUGCCCACUCGCUUGGAUCCAUCAUCUGCUUUGAUAUUCUCAAUCAUCAGCAAGUGUACAUGCAGCAAUCGGAAGGCACACGGUGCACGGACGACGAAGGCAGCAGCGACGAAGAAGACGUGGACGGGGACGAGGAUGGUAGCAGCACAAGUAGCGACGAUGGAGAAGUCGCAGUCAAUGGCGUGCCGACUGACAACAUGUUCGGCUUCGAUAACGUCGUUGCCAAUCGGAGUUUGAAGCGCCGCUCACGGUCGAUGUCGGAGAUGUCAAGUACGAACGGAACGUGGAGAAACUCGCCACAUUCAUUGCAUCAGACGGAUCAGGAAAAGCAAGACUCCAUUCGACGUGUGUCUCCCAAAACCCGACGCACCGGCAGGACUAUGGCGUCUCGCCAUAAAAACACGGCUAAGAAGACCAAAGCAGCGAAGAAGCACACACUUCCUGCAUCUAGUGCUGUCCCAACUGGAGUCAAUGGCGCUGUCCCGUUGGUCCCAAAGCUUGCGUUCGACGUGGAAGAUCUCUUUUGCUUCGGCUCGCCCGUGGGUCUGUUUCUUAAUGUACGUGGACAGAAGCUCGAUCGCGACUUCCAGCUGCCGCGAUGUCGUCGAGUAUUCAACAUUUACCACCCGUACGACCCGGUGGCGUAUCGUAUUGAGCCCAUUAUGAACCCGGCGCGCGCUCACUCGAAGGCCGCGAUCAUUCGCACGUUUGAGGGCAAGUUGCGCUUCCAGUACCAACUGCGUAACUCGUUCCGAGCCAUGUGGGCUUCGCUUCGUCAGUGGCGUCGCGACUUCGAGCGCCAAGUGCUAGCCGGAGCGCACAGCGUGGGGCUGGUGGAAAGCCCUGCUUCCAUGACGCCGCUGUCCGAUGCGCUUGCUCUCGUAACACAACCGUAUCAAUUGCAACGGCGUCCGGACGAGGUUCAGGAAGAGCAGCAAAGAGAGGAACGAGAAGGCGAUGAGACUACAGAGAACGUCGCGGUGUUCGGUCGGCUGUGUCAAGGUCUCCCCAUCGAUUACUCGCUCCAGGAGAACGAGAUCGAGAUUGCGAACGAGUAUUUAUUCGCCCUCACGGCGCACGUCAUUUAUUGGAACAACCGGGACGCGAGUCUGUUUGUGGCACAGAAGCUCAUUCUAGAGCCGGCCAUUGAGAACUGGCCCAGCAGCAGCGAGCAGGAGGCACCGGUGGAGCGUUUGGAAGGCCAGGAGACGCGGCAGAUCAGCAACGGCAUAAUUAUUAGCAGUGAAAAGCUGCGCGAGAAGGAGGAGGCGACGGCUUCGUCCGAGGUGUCCUCGGGCUCGGACGACGAGUUCGAGGUCUCGCUGCGUCGAAGAAGACGUGCACUCUAG